UUAAAUAAAUAAAGCAGUAGAUAAUAUGAGCAGCUUUACGUUCAAAUAGAGAGUAAAGUGGUGGUUUGGAUCAUGUUGAGUGGAUAAUGUUCAUCUUCCUGUGACACACUCAAUGUUACGAAAUUGUCACAUGUACUUAAUCAUCUACUCGAGUAUUUGCGCGGCACAUAUUUAUUCAAGAUUUUUUAAUUCUCAUUUAAUUCUCAUCGAGGCUUUUAUUUUCUAAUACACACUUGUGCUCUAAAUUAAAAUCAAUAAUUACUUAGUUAUUGGUUAUUAAAAUUUGUUGUAUUAGCCCGGGGUACCAGCAAAUGCAAGCGCGCGGCAAAAUGUAGCUACCCAGCGUUAAAUAUGAAAUUCAUAUUAAAAAAAUACGUGUCUUUUUGAUUUUUGUACUCAGCAACAUAUUUCAUGGAGAAUCAACUUGGCAUUGAACGCCCGUGAACGACACUUGUGCCUUUUCAUGCUGACGCUCGACGCUCGAUUUCGGCGUCAAAACUGAUCACGUGAUGAUCACGUAAUAGUGAGCGUUAAAGCUCAACUGUGUUCAGCUUUGACGCUUGACGCUUAUUUUUGACUGUGAAUUUGAAUCGUGGUAUUUUGUCCCUAUGGGGACGGAAAUCCAGUGGGCAAAAAGAAGAAGACUGUGAAUAAAGUGUGAAUAAAAUGGAUUUCCAAGAGGUAAAAAUUUAUUAAAAUAACAUUGAUAUUAAUGUAACCUCUAAAUAUGCUGUAUAGUGAAACAAUAAAUAAUUGAUGAUACAUGAUAUUUUUCCACUUAUUUAGCAAAUUCACAUUGUACACACCUGCGGAAUAUGUGAGGAAAUUUGCGAUGAGGUAGAAGGCCAUCAAUGCAUCAAAGACUAUACAAUCACAUUUACAUUGACGAAAAUUAUUAUUUUUAUCCCCUGUUAGGUAUGUAUAAGGUAUAAUUAUUUUUGGUGUAAAGUUAAUUAUAUGUAAAGUUAAAUAAACGAAAAAAGAUUAAUUAAAUAAAUGAAAAAAAUCAUUUUAUAGAUGACGGAAAAACGAUUGUUCGUCGGAGUAUGAUGCCAGAUAAUACAGAAAUAAUUGCAUUGGAUAAUCAGGAAAAUGUAAAUUAGAAUAUACGUAAGAUAAAACUCAACUUGUAAUAUUAUAAUUUAACUAAAACUGUUUAAGAAUGACACAUUCUUGUAAGUAAUCAUUUAAUACCAGUUAAGCCAAGCUCAUCAGCCAAAGAAAAAAAUAUUUAUUCAAUAUCUGCCACAAAAAAAGCAAGAAGUAAGAAAUUGACCGACCUAGAAGUGGAGAUCCACAUUCUAGAAGUCCAAAAGAGACCUCUUUUAUGGAAUAUAACAAUACGCAUAGAUCAAAAACAUCGAGAAACUGUGAGGCGUCUCUGGGAAGAAGUCUCCUUCAAAUUAAAUGGUGAGGAAUAAUAAAUUCUUUUAACAUUUUCUUUUAUAAGUGAUUUGAGUAGCUGAUUCGAUUUUGAUGAAAUUUUCCCAAAUAGAAUUUAUGCUACAUAUUAUAACAUUAACAAUUUUUUGUUUCAUCUUCAUAGGCAAAUUAAAUGCAGCAGAGGCAAAAAAAAUUUAAAAGCUUGCGAGACACAUAUCGCAAAAUUAUUCAGACAGAGCACCAUGCCAGCGGUUCCGCAAGGAUUGAUCCGAAAGAAAAAUGGAAAUAUUACGACAUGAUGGAAUUUCUACGCGAUUAUUGCUUGAUACGACCAACUCAAACAAAUGUCAGACAAGAUUCCAUUUGCGAGGAGAAUUGUCAAGAAGAUAUUAAUGAAGACGCAGAAACACCAAACGAUAUUGACAGAGAUGAAGACUGCAGUAUGACGUCAGCUUCAACAGACACACGAACGAAAUCGCGCAAAAAUACAGCUAAAGAAAAUGCCAAUGAAGCUAUAAAUGCAAUUAACAGAAUUGCAGAUGCUAUGUGCAGAGAAGAAGCAAAUAUCGUUUUACCUGCUCCCCCGCAACCGGAGGUAGAUUCAAUAUUGCAUGCGGCAGAGCUGCAAUUGCGUCGAAUGCCAUGCAGGAGACAGAUGCAAACAUUAUUGGAUAUACUACAAAUGACCGAGUAGAAUUUGCAUUUAGUGACUGUGUAGUCAUGACAUAGAAAAGUUGUGUCUAACAUCAUAACUAGCUAGUGUGUCUAGAUAGUGAUGAGCCAGUAAUGUAACGCUCACUUUGGCUAGUAGUUGCAUAAAAAAUAUGACCUAAUGACGAGACAAAAUAAUAUAUACAGUAAUGAGAUAGAUAAUCAGAGCUGGUUACUAGACAGUAAUGUAACGCUCACUUUGAUUAGUAGCUAGACAGCCUGGACUAUAUAGAGACUAGAUAGAAAAUAAUAAAAUGUAAAAACUAUUUUUGUGACA